CCUUGCUUACCUCGUGAGCCGGGGUCAACAGUCUGACCGCCGUGAAUUUGAACCUAGUGUCAAAGUGGGAAGCCAUGGUAUCUGCUUGUGUUUAAAAGUAGAAGUAAUAGGGGCAAAGCUAUCAGACGACCAGUAAGAUGGUAGCAGUAGAAAGUCGGGAAUGAAGGAAGCAGCAGCAACGAAGGAAACAAGGAAGAAGGGGACCGACCACUGGGAAGGAAUCAAGAAGUAUGACUGCAGGCAGAAGCUCGACCAAGGCACCCGCACGCUGCGCUCGAGCCAGGCGCAUUUGCCUUCUGCUGCAGGAAUGGCGUGCUUCCGCACGUUCUGCCGGAACGCGCCCCUGCACGCCUCAGGCCACUGCCCUCCCCAGACAGAUCACGAGGACAGAUGGGCAUCAGCAGCCGACUUGCCUCGUAUCGAUCACCAAUGGAUGAUCGUUGACAAUGGAUCGUAUAGACAAGCGCCCAGGACAAGUGACGAGAGGGCAGGUUUAUGAACAUGGGUGACUUUCUGAAAUUCGUGACGUUGAUUUCCCGCUCCUUCUCCUCAUUCCCCUCUUGAGUGU